AUCCUUUUUCUAAACCCCACUUUCUUAUCAUAAAUUCAACCCAUUGCUGGAACUGAUAGAUAAAACACUUCGCUUCCAGCUCCUCUUCAGCUCAGCAAUACAUUCAUGUGCCCUUCCACUAUAGUGUAAGUUUUUUCUCCUUCCCAAAUGGACAACAACCAGCACAGGUAUUGGGUCUGAUCACCCAGCACUUCCACGUCAUAAUUGUUGCUGUGACUCAAGUAUCUUCCAACUCCCUGGCGAGGUAACGUAAACCUAGGUAACCAACCUCUGUGUAGUCAGCCUCCUCUCAUCACAUCUCCAGAAAUCUCUGCCAGUCACCUGGGUCAAGAAAAUACACAAAUGGCAAAUGAAACAGAAGCAAAAGCAGAAUAUAUAGAAAAAGCAAAGACACUGGGGGCGGUCCAGAUCAUGAUUGGAUUUAUAUACAUUGGUUUUGGAACUAUUUUGGGUUUAAUGAACCAUGUUUCCGAAGAUAUUGGGAAUUUUGCCUCCAGGACUUUUAUUGCUGGAUAUCCAUUUUGGAGUGGCAUCUCUUUCAUUAUUUCUGGCUCUCUUUCUAUACCAGCGUCCCCAACUAACUCGUUUCCUCUGGUUUUGGGGAAAGGCAUUUCAGCCAUGCUGAUGAUCUUCUCCCUCUUGGAGUUCUUCAUAGCUUAUGCCACAUGGAUUUUUGUCAUUGGGAGUAACCAAGAUUAAUCCAGCUGUGUAAACAAACAGCUCCGUGGCACCAGACUAUUCCUCAGCUCCAUCCAGAAAUAAUGGUCUCCUGACUCGUACCCCGACAAAUGAAAAGAAAAAGCGGUAUUAGUCCAAUUUCACAGGGUAAAACUAUUCUACAGAAACUACAUAUGAAGCUGACUUUUACAGGCCACAAUGAUCACUGAUCUUUAAGACUGUUUGAGAACUCUGAAAACAAUUCAUCACUAAUGGUAACCGUAUCUCUCUGUCACUGUUUCUUCCUGCGUACCACCAUUACACACUGGCAAAAGUGAAUGGCCAGAGGAGUGAAAAUGGCUCUCCAACUCUCUUAAAGUGACAAAUUAUCUUGUGCAUAUUACCUUUUCCUCAAUAAAAUAUCA